AUGCAGAGGAGGCGAUUGAAGCAGCUGGUGAAGAAGGGACAGCUGUGGAAGUUCGCUGAGGUCCUGCUGGCACAGGACGAGAGCCGAGCGGCCGAGCAGCUGCGCCGGGCAUUGCCAUAUCUGGAUAGCCCGCAGGAGCCCCUGCGAGAGGCGGCCGUCAAGUUCAUCGGGAUCGCAGGGCGGUACUUGAGGAAGCAACAGGAAGAGACCCAGCUCAUCUACAAGGCCCUUCAGGACCUGACCGAUGACAUCAGCCCUGCCGUCUCAAGCUUGGCACUUGAAACCGUGCAACUCUUAGCUGCACAGAGAGCUCCAUACUCUCCAGGUUUCAGAAGGUGCAAGACCACUUCCAGAAGAGUGGGGGGUAGGAAGCCUCUUUUGUGGGGCAGUUUGUGCUGCCACGCUGCUGUGGCCGAGGCCCCCCUGGCGCAGAGGUCGGGGCCCACAGAGGCCUCUUGGAAAACACUGCUUUGUGUGGCCAAGUUCAUGCAGAGGAGGCGAUUGAAGCAGCUGGUGAAGAAGGGACAGCUGUGGAAGUUCGCUGAGGUCCUGCUGGCACAGGACGAGAGCCGAGCGGCCGAGCAGCUGCGCCGGGCAUUGCCAUAUCUGGAUAGCCCGCAGGAGCCCCUGCGAGAGGCGGCCGUCAAGUUCAUCGGGAUCGCAGGGCGGUACUUGAGGAAGCAACAGGAAGAGACCCAGCUCAUCUACAAGGCCCUUCAGGACCUGACCGAUGACAUCAGCCCUGCCGUCUCAAGCUUGGCACUUGAAACCGUGCAACUCUUAGCUGCACAGAGAGCUCCAUACUCUCCAGGUUUCAGAAGGUGCAAGACCACUUCCAGAAGAGUGGGGGGUAGGAAGCCUCUUUUGUGGGGCAGUUUGUGCUGCUUUGGCACACGAAUGCGGCUCCUGUGCCCUGGCUUGGGGGGCCAUCUGCGGGUCUCUGCUGCUCUCCAGGGCUCUUGGAAAUCACUGCUUUGUGCGGCCAAGUUCAUGCAGAGGAGGCGAUUGAAGCAGCUGGUGAAGAAGGGACAGCUGUGGAAGUUCGCUGAGGUCCUGCUGGCACAGGACGAGAGCCGAGCGGCCGAGCAGCUGCGCCGGGCAUUGCCAUAUCUGGAUAGCCCGCAGGAGCCCCUGCGAGAGGCGGCCGUCAAGUUCAUCGGGAUCGCAGGGCGGUACUUGAGGAAGCAACAGGAAGAGACCCAGCUCAUCUACAAGGCCCUUCAGGACCUGACCGAUGACAUCAGCCCUGCCGUCUCAAGCUUGGCACUUGAAACCGUGCAACUCUUAGCUGCACAGAGAGCUCCAUACUCUCCAGGUUUCAGAAGGUGCAAGACCACUUCCAGAAGAGUGGGGGGUAGGAAGCCUCUUUUGUGGGGCAGUUUGUGCUGUGAACAACUAAUCCCAGGAGCUCCAUCUUGCUCAGGCCACCUGAGCCUGCAGGGAAGUCCUCAUCUGGGCAUGGAAAUAUGA